CGCCAAUGUGAUCAAGUAAGGAAUUAAAAAAUAUAAUGGUGGUUUCUUUACGCUAUACUGAAGUGUUCAAGUAUGAAACUAUAUAUAGUAGGUGAGUUGAAUGGAGGAUAUGCAAGCAAGUAACUAACAGGAAGAAAUAGAUCAACAAAAAUGGAACCUGAGGAGCCUGAAGAGAACAUCACUCACAUGGAUGCUUCCCUAUAUAUGGCAGCAGCAAAAGGCAACAUUGAAGAAUUCAAUAAUAAACAGGGACUUCAACUUGAGUCGCUAAAGACCCCAAACAAUGAAAACGUGCUCCAUGUUAACUUGGCAACCCACGAACUUGCUGCCUGGCUUUUUGACAUAUUUUUCUCAAUACUCAACUUACUCCUCAACAAAUUUGUAUUCGUCACCCUAAAACCUGUAUGUCGCAGCGUAGAACAUUUACUAGUUGAACCGUCAUUGAGAAAUUUCAUUACUAUGAUAAAACGACAAAACAGAUCAGAUUUUAUCGAACAAAUUCUCACCAAGUGUCCGUCACUGCUACUCCAAACGAAUGCUAAAGGUCAAACUCCUCUGCACGUUGCAGCAAAGAAUGGACAUUCUGCUAUUGUGAAACUUCUAAUCAAGUCUUGCGCAAAAGCUAGAGAUGGAGAUUUAGAGCUGGGAAUGGAUCAAGUAAGUGCAGUCAGGGAGAUGCUAAGGAUUACGGAUCAGGAAUCCAACACGGCUUUACAUAAAGCAGCAAGGUGUGGCAAUGUUGAAGUGGUGAUAGCAUUGUUGGAGUUUGAAGACCCUGAUUUUCCGUAUUCUGCCAACAAAAAACAGGAGACUCCACUUUACAUAGCAGCUAGGAGGAGAGGAUCUGGGCGCUUGUUGACUCUAUUAUUAGAUAAAUUCAAAUCAACUGCUCAUGGCGGUCCCCACGGUAGAACAGCUUUGCAUGCAGCAGCUAUGGCUGAAGAUGCAGAGGCAAUAAGGGUAAUAUUAAAGAAGAAGGGGAAUUUGACAAAGGAAAGAGAUGAAGAUGGACACACCCCUCUUCAUUAUGCUGCACACUUGGGUUCUAGAUUCUCAGUUGUGGAAGAAUUGUUAAAAUGGGAUGUAUCAGCUGCCUAUAUAGGUGAUAAAAAGUGGGGGAUGACACCCCUUCUUAUGGCAGCCAGGCAAGGCUAUCUUGGAACAGUUUCAAAGAUUCUCUCUUUAUGUCCAGAUUGUUGUGAAAAAGUGGACAACGAAGGUUUGAAUUUACUUCAUUAUCUGGCUUUUAGAGGCUUUUCCAAUCCAUUAAGGCCUUCUCUUUUCAAGCCCGGUGGUAUUGAGAUUGUGUAUGGAUCAGUCAAAAAUCUAAUGGAAUUAGAAGAUGCCUUUGGAAUGACACCUCAAGAAGUUUAUAAUGCACUUCGAUCUCGGAAAUAUCAUCAUAAACAGAAGAAAAUCAUUGACUUGUUGGAAAAAAUUGGGAAUGAUCAAGUGGCAGAGGAACCAGUUCGUCGCUUUCCCUUACCAAAUGAUUCUACAGAAAGCUUGGAGAAGAAAAGAGAGGCUCAUUUAGUAGUGGCAGCACUUAUAGCCACCGUCACAUUCGCAGCGGCAAUAACUGUUCCUGGUGGUUUGCGGACUGAAAAAGGGCCAGAGCAAAGCACUCCUAAAAAAGGGUCAGAGCAGGGCACUCCUUUUCUAAUUCAAGAGGUGGCCUUUAAAGCAUUUGUUAUAACAAAUGUAAUAGCCUUUAUUUUCUCUGUUUCUGCCCUUACCACCCACUUUGGGGUUUUAGAUAAUCUAUUAGCAAGAUUUAGUUUUUGGCGUCUAACAGUUUCAGAUCGAAUUCGGUCUGUUUCUGGGGUCCUUGGCUAUGCAACGUUGGCGAUGGUGAUUGCCUUCAGCACAGGCAGUUAUGUGGUGUUAAAAUCUUCCCCCCAACUUAACAUUGUUUCAUAUCUUAUCUGCCCUGGCUUUUUACUCAGUAUGUGGCUAAUUUUGAAUGCUACAAUAUAUGAAUAAAAUAUAAACACGAUAAUAUAUUUUAUCAUCGAUUACAA